AUGGAAAAUCCAGACUCCAUUACUCACAAGAAAACUCUGAGGAGAAGCAGUAAUAGUCACGUAUCAAUGUCGGAUACCGAGUCACAAGCAAGUCAAGUUGACUCGUUUCACUCCCCCCUCCGAUCAGACUCUCCUUUCCAUUCCGACGAUCCAUUUUUCUACCCAGAAAAUGAUGCUAACAACAAAAAUGGUAAUAAUUGUAAAGAAUCAUUGUCUAAUUGUAAAGCCCUCGUUCCCGUUGAUAACUACUACACCCCUUUACCAUCUCCGGGCCAAUCCAAUAUUCCGUCUAGUUUUCCGGCCAACGGAGGAAGAUGUACGCAGCCCGAACAAAAUCCCACAUCGGAAAAUGUUGCUUUCCGGGCAAGUUCUCCGGCCACCGGAGGCAAGGUCCGGAGAUCCUUUUCGCCGUCCAUGACGGAUAAUUAUGAGUUUUCUGGGAAGGGCGGACGGGGGGCAACGUCAGUCGUGGCAUUCAACCGGUCGGGAAGGGAGGAGCCGCUGACAAAAAUGGGGCCGGUGGAUGGUGGUGGAGACGAUGAGGUGGGGGGAGAGAGGCGGUCACGUGAAGCGGUGGCAUCGAUAUUGAAGCGAUCGAAAUGGGAGAUGAUGGUGAAGAAGGCAACUUUGGGGUUCAGAGUCUGUGAAGCGAUAGUGUGUUUGAUUUCAUUUUCUGUUAUGGCUGCUGAUAGAACUCGAGGUUGGAGUGGUGAUUCAUUUGAUCGCUACAAAGAGUACAGGUAUUGUGUAGCCAUGAAUGUUAUUGGAUUUGGAUAUUCGGGAUUUCAAGCAUAUGAUCUUACCUACCAUUUGGUAUCAGGGAAACAUGUCAUCUCUCACUAUCUACGUUACCAUUUUGAUUUCUCAAUGGAUCAGAUUCUAGCAUAUCUUAUAAUGUCGGCAUCAUCUUCAGCAGCAACGAGGGUGGACGGAUGGAUAUCUACAUGGGGGAAAGACGAAUUCACGAUGAGGGCAAGUGCAUCCAUUGCGUUGUCUUUUCUUGCUUUUAUUAUCUUUGCCUUGAGCUCUCUUGUAUCUGGUUACAACCUCUGCAACCGAGCAGCAAUUUAA